AUUACAUAUAAGAAUAGUCAAGACAUAUCUGUCCGUCUGUCUGUCUGUCCGGAACGCUCAACAUAUAUACAUAAGAAUAAGAAUAAGAAUUAAGAAUAAGAAUAUAAUAUAAGAAUAAGAAUAAGAAUAUACACAUAUCUGUCCUUCUGUCCGGAACGCUCAACAUAGAAAAUUUUUACAACAUAUAUAAAUGCUGGACGUCCGUGGUUUUCCACGGGUUAUUUCUAGUGGCUAAUAUAGUCUCACGUGGUCACCUUGCGUGUACGCCAUUCGUCUGCCUUCGCGAUGAAAGUAGCGGGGCUCAUUUACUGAUAUUCACCGAAAAACGCGAAUAAACCGUAGCUAUAGUAAAAAACUUGAGAGUCAUCGAUUUUUGUAUGAGCGCGAAAAAUCGUGUCUUACACCGAACGCAUUACGCGAUCCUACAGCGAGUUUUUAAAGAGACUCACAUCGCGACAUGGGUAGUUCGUGGACUGGUGAACUUUUGCUGCUUAAAAAAGUGAUUUUAUUUUCAAAUGCACUUUGCGAUUAAUGAUAAAGGCAAAGAUGAACGCAAUUGGAAAUAAAUAUUGUUUUCUGAAUGAGCGAUGGGUCUCCUGAAAAAGUGUAAAAUAUCUCUCGGAUUCUUUCACAAAAAAAAAAUAGGUCUCGACACAGCGAAAUGAUAAAAUAAGGGGCUUGUCAAGGAUACCAGCGUCUUUUUUUCAACCAUUUUCGGAAUCUAUGCCCCGAUAGCGGUGUCUUCCAUCAUUACAGACAAAAUGAAAAGGUGAAUCAUUAGACACUGGACAAUUUCCUACCUCUUGGAAGCUGAGAUAUAUUUGUCCUCUAUAUAAAUCUGGGGAUUCCCAAUUAACCUCUAAUUACCGUCCAAUAACUCUCUUGAAUUCUGUAUCUAAAAUAUUCGAGCGUAUCAUCUUUAAACAUCUUUACGGCUUUUUGAGUAAAUAUAGUUUCUUCCAUAAAAAUCAAGCGGGUUUUUUGAGAGGCUCUUCAACAGUUAGUCAACUCAUUAAAAUUAUUCAUCAUAUUGCUACAUCUUUUAGUUCCGGAUCUCCAGUUCUAGCAGCAUUUCUAGACUUUUCAACAGCGUUUGAUAAAGUUAAUCAUACUGGUUUAUUAAUGAAACUUCGAAGUGCAGGUCUAAACGACUCUUUACUUAAAUGGUUUGAGAGUUACUUAGAAGACCGCAGAAUUGUGACAGUAGUGGAUGAUCUAUCGAUAGAAUAUGCGUACUGUCGUGCAGAUAACGCAGGAUGUUACCAUUCUGCCGGUACAAUCCUGUCGUUACCAAUGAUAUCUGAAAAAACUAAAAUCAAAAUAUUACGUAUUGAUUUUUCUGAUCCGCAGGCUGGAAAAUCGGCAUGUGAUCGAUACGCAGCUGUCAUAAAAGCAAACGUAAGACGAUAUCUCAACGAAAAACACAAUAUAACGAAUGCUGCAGAAUUUGUCGAGGCCAUACAUUCAUAUGAAGGAGUGAAAGGAGUACAGUCGUAUGAAUGUAGUCUUAUUAGAAAUCCGAAACCGACAAAAGUUACCUUUCCAAAAAUUACAUUUGUGAAUAAUUUCGGGUUUGAACACGAUGGUAUACGAGUACAUAGGACAUGGAACGUCGGCGUUGGUAAAUUACUUAAAUGGCCAUUAUUGGAUACACCGAAAGCUAUAGGUCAUCUACAGUGUCAACCAUGUUCCUCUACGCUACAAUUGUCGUCCAUUAUCACAGUUCCUAAAGAACGUAAAUCUCUGUCCGACCGUUCCUCGAUUGCCACAACAACUACAGUCGAACCGGCGGUCCAGGCUAGUAGAAGGAAACACCGACGUCAAAUAGAACGUAGUUCCAUGAGAGACAUGGGUAUGACUAUGUAUCACUCAAAACUGGGAAAUACUGGAGUAAGAUCAAUAAGUUCUCUUCAAUUGGAAGAGACUACACCUGCUGAUGGUGAAGAUACAAUUCGUAUUACACCAGACAGAGGAUGGGCUUUAUCGUUUUUUUCACGUUUGAAGUCGAUACGUGGAAAGCAAACAGAAACAGUAGUUGUAGACGAAGUGGAGGAGCAAGAUGAUGAUGAAUUUGACGAUAAUCAGGUAGUUGAAGAGACUGAGCAACGACAUAAUUUAAGAAAUUCAAUGGGGAUUAGCAAUGAACAAUCAUCACCUCCGGCUUUCUCUCGAAACCGAGCAGUGUCACCAGAUAAAAGAGCUGGAUUAACGACUGAUGUUCGUUCAGCUAAAAAACGUUCGUCAUCGAGGAAACGUACUGUUGUCAAAUAA